AUGUGCUCUUUUAAGCACUUUGGAAUCAAAAUCGACUUCGAUGCAGACCCAACGAGGUGCUUUCGGUUGAUCGUAUCACAGGAAAUGUGCUUCCACGCAAUUCUGCUCCUAGCUUCAGCUUCAAACGACCUUGCAUCCCAGAAACCAUUAUCGAAAGCGUCGUACCGCCACCUCCAGCGGACUUUACCGCUUUUAAACCAAAGGCUCUCUGAUCCAAAUGCGUUUAGAGAUGACAUGGUUCUCUACGUGAUCGGAAUACUAGCUUCUAUGACCAUCUUCUUCAAAGAUUAUGAAUCCGCGCAGGUACACGCUGCAGGAAUUUCAAAAAUCAUGAGACUUCGUAAGAAGUUUGCUAUCGAACCAAGACAAAAAUCUAUGAUAUUACUCUCAGUUGAUCGUUUAAACUUCUGCGGCUCUCUAGCUACUGAUCUAUGGACACCGGUGUAUAACGAGUUGAAUUGGAGCCAACCAGCUGUCCCGGCUCAUAUAAUACAUCUCCAUGAUUCGUAUAAUAUGCUCUCGCUAGAUGACCAUGUUGACCCGGAGUUGGCGAACGUCUUCCGGAAUCUCCAGUACCUUAGCAUUCUCUUCAAUGAGCACUUCUGCAGCAAGACACCCCUCGACGGUGCGGUUCUCCACGAAUAUCUGGAAUAUAUACAAUCCAGUCUUGUCAGUUUACUACCACGUCCGAGGGACAGUUUACAAAAUUGCGUGUUCCAAGGGAUGAUGACAUUUCUUGCAACAACCUUUCGGCUGCCUGGAUCGUAUACACACCCCAGCUGCCACAGCGCAGCAGCAAAGCUUCAAAGAUGUUAUGUUACGGCAAGGGCAUCGAUGGAGAGUUUGCCUAAAAUUGCGGAGAUUUGGUUGAUAUACAUCUGUCUCAUGUCUACUGAAAAUGUGGACGAGAUAUUUGAUGAAAUUUUAAUUGGAACGAGGUGGGAAUUCUCAGAUCUACGACGUUCCUCAUGGGAUGAAACUCGUCUACUAUUAAAGCGAGUGAUGUGGAUAGAUGCCUUCCAUGAUAAGGUCGGAAGGAAGACUUUUGAAAAAUUGACGACUCGGCCUUGA